GUCGUUGGGUAGCAAUGGUGACAACAUAUGUAUUACACUUAUUGCAAUUAUUUCUUCCUAAAGGAGCGGUAUGGCAAGCAUUUCUCGUCCUUUGUCUAGUGCUUCUUGUAAAAGAAGCCAAUGCCGAAGCACGAGUUGUUUGCUACUACACAAAUUGGAGUGUAUAUCGACCAGGAACAGCUAAAUUCAAUCCACAGAAUAUCAACCCAUACCUAUGUACGCAUCUUAUCUAUGCCUUCGGAGGAUUCACCAAAGACAACACGCUAAAACCAUUCGAUAAGUACCAGGAUAUUGAGCAAGGUGGUUAUGCCAAAUUCACCGGCCUCAAAUCGUAUAACAAGCAACUGAAAACUAUGCUCGCUAUCGGCGGAUGGAAUGAAGCAUCGUCAAGAUUUUCACCGCUUGUAGCAAACCCCGACAGAAGACAACAAUUCAUCCGAAAUAUCCUGAAAUUCCUUCGACAAAAUCACUUCGAUGGCUUGGAUCUGGAUUGGGAAUAUCCAGCUUUUCGGGAUGGAGGAAAGCCCAGAGAUCGCGAUAAUUAUGCACAAUUCGUUGAAGAGCUACGAUCCGAAUUUGACCGAGAAUCUUCAAAGACAGGAAGGCCACGACUCCUUUUGACCAUGGCCGUUCCUGCUGGUAUUGAGUAUAUCGAAAAAGGCUACGAUGUUCCGAAAUUGAAUCAGUAUCUCGAUUGGUUUAACAUUCUCAGCUAUGAUUAUCAUAGUGCGUUUGAACCUUCCGUAAAUCAUCACGCCCCAUUGUAUUCCUUGGAGGAACCCUCAGAAUAUAAUUAUGACGUUGAACUGAAUAUUGACUACACCGUGAAAUUCUAUCUGGAAGCUGGCGCAGACCGUGACAAACUUGUCCUCGGUAUCCCUACCUAUGGCCGUUCAUAUACACUUAUUAAUGAUGAAGACACCGAAAUUGGUGCACCUGCAGAUGGUCCUGGUGAACAGGGUGAAGCAACAAGAGAAAAAGGAUACCUCGCAUAUUACGAAAUUUGCCAAAGCAUUAACGAAGAUCCCACUUGGACUGUGGUUCAACCGAACGACAAAGCCAUGGGACCAUAUGCCUACCGUGGCAACCAAUGGGUUGGCUAUGAUGAUGAAAACAUCGCUCGAAAAAAGGCUCAAUACGUUGCAGAAAAUGGACUUGGAGGAAUUAUGUUCUGGUCACUUGAUAAUGACGAUUUUAGAGGAACUUGUACUGGAAGACAAUAUCCUUUGAUCGAAGCAGCAAAAGAAGCACUUCUUGAAGCUACCGGUUUCGGAGCAAAUGAAGUUUCUGCUCCAGCUCGACCACAAAAGGCUUCCAGACCAAGAAGCCGAGCAGGAUCGUCCACCACGCGCAAUAGGAUAACCGAACAUACAAAGAUUACUAAAGAGUCUAAUACUUCUGUCAAACACACAUCAUCAUCACGAAGGAAGAGCAACAAGAAAAAGAGUUCAAACACACCAAGGACAACUACAACUACCACCACAGUGGGUUCACUCUACAUUGGCGGAAGAACAACUACUCCACCACCACCAACUACCCCUGAUCCGGGCGCAGACUUUAAAUGCGAAGAGGAGGGAUUCUUCCCACAUCCAAGGGACUGCAAGAAAUAUUUCUGGUGCUUAGAUAGUGGACCAUCCAAUCUUGGUAUCGUCGCGCAUCAAUUCACCUGUCCUUCCGGUCUUUACUUCAAUACUGCUGCCGAUUCUUGUGAUUUCACUCGCAAUGUUGUCUGCAAGAAGCCCAGUAAAGAAACAACCACUCCAAGGACGACUGCAAGUACAACGACAACGACUACAACAACUACGACCUCAGCACCAAAACGUAUUACUGCUGCCACGAGCAGCUAUUCAUACAUUCAAAGGACUUCUACCACCGCUGAACCAGAGGAUGAUGACGAAGAAGAGGAAUACGAGGAUGAAGACGAUGGGGAUGCUGCAGGCCAUGAAGAAGACCCUAAAGUCAUCAAAGAGUUAAUUGAACUGAUUAAACGUGUAGGAGGUUUGGAGGAAUUAGAAAAGCAACUUCAACUACAAGAAGACGGAACUGUUGUUAUGAAAAACCCUAAGAAUGAUGAAGUGUCUACCACACCUUCCUCAAUUAGUCAAUCACUAUAUGCCAAAGUCUUAAGUCGGCCAAAUCCACUAAGCUCUCUCCGAAAUCGCUUAGGUGGUUCCAAAUUCACAGCAAAGAAGGAAGAAAUCUCUACAAGUGUGAAUGAAGAGUCCUCAUCUUCGAAAUAUACUUCAGUUAACCGAAACAGUAGACCUAGCCCACAAAAUGCUGGUAUUGACAAACUCGCUGAGUUUGAAGGAUUCCUGAAGGACAAGCCCAAAUACGUGACAAUCAAUCGAACUCGUCCAACCAAAAGUACUGGCCCAGAUAUUGAUGAACCUGAAGAACUUACAGAAGAGGAAGAGAAUGCAGAUGCAGUGGAAGUGGAAGAUACAAGCGAAGCAAAUGCCAAACGGACAUCAUCUUCAUACGUGAAUAUCCGUAGAACACGUCCAACAAAAUCGGCUGAUACGUUGGUGGAAAAAUCAGAAUCUGAAUUAGAGGUGAAUGAAGCAGCUGGUGGACAAUCUUCCGCUAAGACUCAAUACCAAACAAUCAAUAGAGUCCGUGGAACGGCCAUUUCUUCCGGCGCAGAUGAACUAGUUGAGGAAGAGGAGGUUUCAGAAAACACUAAGUCUACAAGGCCUAAGUCGACUUACCAGACUUUAACAAGAACGAAAACCACGACCUCUGAGCAAACUGAAGGCGAAAAUAAGGAAGCAGAAUUACAAGUGCAAUCAAAGGUGGAAUACAAAAGUUUCACUAGAACACGGAACACCACUACUUCAGGUAUUCAAGAUGAUAAUGCGGCAGAAUCUGAAGAUGAAACAUCCAACAAGCGAAAAACUAGGCCCACAUAUCAAUCGUUCACUAGGACUCGAGGAACAACUGUAGUCAAUACAGAUGAAAUUGAAAAAGAAGAAACAGGAGAAGAACAAAAUCUUCGCACCAAACAAACAUAUCAAUCACUGAGCAGAUUCCGACCAAGCACCUCUGCAAGCACCGCGGAAGAAGAAGUAGAGGAAACGGAAGGACAAACAGGAACCAGGACUAGAAUUCGUCCAACUGCAUCGUCUGACCAACAACCAGGAAAAACUCGUGGAACCACAGUUGCUACUUCAUCAGUAGACAAAAGCGAAGCAGAAGAAGUUCAAAAGAAGAAUCGAUACUCCUUGUUCACUAGGCGACAAUCGACAGUCGGUUUGGCCAGCGAAGCUGAAGACAUUAACGAACUAGCACCCACAGAGCCUACAAUCAGCUCUCGUACUAGAGGUACUACAGUGUCGUCAUCAAGUGUUGUUGAAGAUGAGAUUGUUCUUAAGUCAGUUGGAUCGACAAAUAGAUUCCAAAUUUACAAUAGAACUCGACCAACUUCACCAGUUGAUACAGCUCCAAUCACAUCACUAACUUUGGAAGAAGCAGAAGCAACUCUGAAAACAUUGGAAGAUGACACCAUCCCAACAAUUACGGUACAAUACUCAGAUCCUAGUUUAGCUAACACCACACCCAUCUCAGCACCACAAGAUCAGGAAAUACCGUCUGUUACGCCUGACUACACCAACAUUGUGCGAAGAUCCACUACAACAACUACACCUUCUGCACCUCUUACAUCAACAUCAAUCACAGCAACCACUUCAUCACCUCAAACCCUCUCCCCGGAAACAAGUCCACCUGAUCUUUCGCAACCCUCGAUUGAAACUGUUACGCAAAAUAGUUUGUUGAUUGAACUAUCCGAUCCUAGUUCCACUGAUCCUAUUACCCUUACUCCUACCCCCAAUAUUGAAGUGAGCUCGGUUUCGCCUACGGAAGUUGUAGUUGGCGGACUUCUAGAAAAGUCCGCUGAUCAGAACGAGGUCGCUUCUAAGGAUUCCUUGCCGAUUAUAUCUACAGCUCCUGCUCUAGAUACAGUUGAGAUCGCGCAAAAUCAAGUUUCUGAAUUGAAUUCAGUUUCGUCCAGUAAUUCAAGACAGGAUACUGUCGACAAGGUAACAUUAGUUACCGGUGAAAAAGAAGUUGGCGUAGAGGCGGUAGAGAGGCAGGGCCUAGUUGAAGACUCAGAACUAACCAGAACUAACUCAAAAUUCGAAUCUAGUCUGAACAAUGUAAAUAGUGAAUCUAGUUUAAGUAGUAAUGUAGAUAGUGAGGAUAGUGUUUUAAUCAUAACAAGAACAACAUCGACGACAACCUCUAGACCCGCCUUCUCGAGCCCCACCUCAGUACGUCAAAGCAGACCUACCGCGUCAACUAGUCGCUUUAAUACUAGGCGAAGACCCACACAGUCGACAACUUCGACUACAACAACUGAGGAGCCUGAAGAGUUCGUCAGUAUCUUAUCUAGUCCUAGACCUUUCAGCUUACCCUCACGCAGACGUACCCGUCCCUCCCAAACCCGAACCACAACAACAACCGAAACUUCGCUCGACGUAAGCGAACCAACAUCGCGGAGCCGAUCAACAACAAGGACAAGGGUGAGUCCAUUUUCAUCAUCUUCUGCAUUAAAUGUUUCGUAUGUUGCAUCCAAACAAUUUAGUAGAGCAAACAUAUCUAGUCGGAAACCUAAUUUUAACAGUGAUAGUCCUGAUUUAGUAGAAUCUAACAGCACUCUUGUAGAUAACACAGUCUAUGUUGGUAAGGUAAAUACAUCUGAAGCGGUGGCAGGUACAUUUAAUAUAGAUUCUUUUAACACUACUACUAGCACUAUCGGUCGAACUCAAACUUUCAAUCGACCAAAUUCAGUGAAUCUACAACAAAAACAAGACCAACAACAACAGCAAACAAUUGGCAAUACACAACGUCAAGUUUUACAAAAUUCUCAGGAUCAAAAUGAAAACUCCGCACGAAAAUCGUGGCGUAGUCAAAGUCGGGGAGCAUUCCGACCAUGGCGCACCACAACGCCUAUUCCUAAUCCCCAACCCUAUCUUGACCGUCCCUAUAGGCCCGACUUUAACAGUUCCGACCCAAAUCAACAGCCUCCUAAUGAGCCUCCUCAAGGGUUCGAUUUCACUGGUUAUUCCGGACAAUGGCAAGGAAGACCCGGCUCUUCUAAUAGGAUCACUCAACGAAUAGAUAAUAGAAAAUUCGGACAGAGGCCAACUAAUAUUAGGCCUGAAGAUUCUCAUGAGGGAGAGGUAGAUUAUUCUAAUGAUGAACUUUAUGAGGACUAUCAGGAAAGGAUUGGAAAAACUUAUCAAGGAGAAGGAAACCAAGCUCAAACCCAGCAUGGACGUUAUCAGAAUAUUGCUGGAGGAGAAAACGAAAGCUUGAGUUCGUUCCAAGGAGCACAGGAUGCGAUAUCUUUCUCAAAUGGCGGGGAAACGGUUUUACAAACAAAGGAAUUUUCUAAGUCUAAUCAAAUGGAUUCCCAGAUAAGACUUGACAAUAUUCGAACAGAUGAAUUUAACGCAAGCUCGAAAACUAAAUUACCCAGUACUUCUCGUAACCAAAAUGAAUUACAAGGAGAGAAUGCAGAAUCUGUUGAGUUGGCAUCCAAUUCACAGAUAACAUCUGGAUCAAACUCCCAAGCCACAUCUUCAAAGACUUCUAAUUUCGAUGUUGAAGCCAAAAUACCUUCAGACGCAGAUUUAGACAAAGAAGUUCAAGAUGAGCCUCUUCUUGUUCACCUUCCGUUAGAAGAUGCAACUCCUGAAGAAGUAUCUGGAAAUUCACGAAUAGUUUCGACAUCAAACUCCCAAAGCACGUCAAAGUUUACGGUCAACCGUAACUUUGCAUUUUCUUCCACAUUAGUUUCUGAUACCAAUAAGAAGGCAGGUCCGAAAGCUGGCACUUCUACCAGCUUAACUGAUAAUGAACCACUCGUAAAUCAACAGCAAACUCAGAGAACAUUUGGACGAACUGAUGUAAUAAAGCAAACUUCUGCAGGCACUAGUCUCGAAAGACCUAAAUCCUUCGUUAAACCCAAGCCUAGUUCUCAUCUUUCAAUUACAAAAAGCUUCACGCGUACACGAACGCAAUUCAAAACCAAUGAAGACGAAAACAAUGAAUCACAACUCUUCCAAAGCAAACCUACUAACUUUGAGGAAACUACUACUACCCGGCGGCCAAUAACUCGUAAUCGAGGAAGAAUUCGGCUGACAACCACUACCGAAGCUCCACGCCUAACAACAGAAGCAAUCUAUCGACCUGAACGUCCAGAAUAUUUUUCAGACCUAAGCUCUCUGUUGUCGGUCGAUCUAGCAAAAUGGCGUGCAGCUCAUGAUGAUUCCAAACUCCAAAAGAUGGUCAUUCGUAGAAGACCGGCCAGACCACCCAAAGCAAGUAAUGGGGAUGAUGAAGAAGAGUAUACUGAAAAUACCGAAGAUGCCAUGCUGACUUCAUCUAGUCUAAGUCAAACAAAAGUGACAGACCAGGGUAGAGACGAGACGUCGUACAUAAAAGGGAGGCGGCCUUUAAGUGUCGAAUCAAAAAAACUUUUAGGGAAACCGGAACCGGACGAAAGGAAUGACAUUAACCAUUUUGAAGAGGAAAUCACUUACGAACGUCGAACGGGGGACGGAAAAUUUACUUACAAGAUGCGAAAUAUGAAAGGAGAUACAAUUCUUUCGGAAGAUAUGGUAGAUAGGUCCAGAUCUGCAGAAAGGGCACAAGAUGAUGUUAGAGUACGCGGUCGGAAUCAAAACCUUUUGCGACAACGAGCAGGGGCUAACAGAAGUACCAGACGGCCAACAACAACACAGUCGUCGAGGAAACAUCCUGGGAGACAAUACUCAAAAAUUAACAGUCAAACUUUCUCUCAAGAGACUCAGAGAAAAACGCUAAGAACACAAUCCGUUCAAAAUCGCAUCCCUCCAGAUAGCCAGCCUGCAAAUGAUGUAAACAUCGCACGUGAUAGGAUGGACUCGGAAACAUCUAUUGAAUAUGUUGAUACCAAGCCAUUAUCUGUAGAAGGAGUAGAUAUACAUACUGGGAUCAGCAAAGAGAGGACUUCGAACCUAGAUUCAACGCAGGUAGUUGAUAAUUCAAACGUUAUAUCCUCUGACAUUGCUGCCGAAAAACAAAUUCUUGGAGAUCGAGAAUCCACUCAUACUAGCACCGACAGGAGUAGCGAAGAGGCUCAAAAUAAGGAAGAGGAAAGAGCAGAUGAAAAUUUACAGAUAAAUAACUUUGAAGCCAGUCUUAGACCUUCAAACUAUUUCGUAAAUAAUUUGAAUGGUACUGAGGGUCAACAACAGAUUUCCGACGGCUUUAAAAGUGAGGCUUCUGAAAACGUUACAACAAUUGAACUAUCUACGAAAAGUACGAUCAUGGAAUCAUCAAGUGAUGCACAGAUAAAUCAGCAAAAUAAACUUGCACUUGAUACCAAUAUCGUUUCUGCAGGCCACAUCGAAUUUGAUGCCAGCUCUGGUGAAACCGAAACACGAAAUGAAACUGACGCCGCGCAACAUACCAAAGAAGGGCAAACACUAUCUUCGACAGUUGGAAUAGCUAUUACUGAAGAUGUACCAGAACAUGUCUCUGCUUUUCCAGUCCCACCUGUCUCCGAUGACUCUGUGCUCCCCCCAAAUCCAACUUUUUCAGGUAUGGGUGAAGAAGUGGCACCUACAGUCAUUUAUACUGAAAACACGAUAAAUAACUUGGACUGGAAUGAUACCCAAAAGGGUGAACAUCUCCAGGAAAGCCUCUUAGAAGCAUCAAAGGCAAGCAAAGAAGCCAACCUUCAAAAUGUUGAUACAUCUGAAACUCUUGCGGCAACUGUAGAAAUCGCAAAUUCUUCCUUCAAGCAAAGAAACAGCGAAAUUCUGAACGAAAAAGUGAAUAAUUUAGAUGUUUCGUCCUUGGUUCUGGAAAAUAAAGCGAUCACUCAAAAUUCAGAGGGCGAUGACACCAAGCAAAUCGAAGGGACUCAUCCUGAAAAGCCUACUGAAAAUUCAAUAGCUUCAAUAGAAAGAACACUUCAAAAUGAACCUGAAAAUGAAAGCUCUUUGGGAGCAGGACUUGGAGAACAUCAAACAGGAUAUAAAACCCAUCAAAGACAUAGAAACUUAACAAGAUAUGAGUUGACAAGCGGGGAACUCUCCAAAGAGCAUGACAAACUCUCGAAUUCAUUCUCAUCAAACCAGCAGUUUCGGGACACAAUCUCAGAGGAUCGUAAAUUGCAUGAUAGUGUGUACCAAAGUGAGUUGAAUUCCAAAACUAAAGGAGUCUAUUCGACUGUCAAGUCUGAACUCGACCUUGCAUUACCAGAAAAUAGGGCUUCUUCAAAUAAGGAGCAAGUCGACCAACAAACAACCGAUGCUUUGGCAAAUAGCAGAUCACUUGAAAAUGAAAAUUCAGGAUCUGUGAGAUCCUCUAAAGGGUCUUUCUCAUAUGAAACUGUCCAACAAAUCAAGAGCACCCAGGAACACCGAGUUUCCUCCACAACUGGAGAUAAAUAUUCUGAGAAUCAGAAAUCCGAUGCUGUCGUCAAAAAAGUAGACGCAGGAGAUACCAGCCUUGGAAGAAACAGGGCUUCAGGAAGUUUUUCCAGUGCGACCUCAUCGUUUGAAGACCAGGUUUCCGAAGAACGAAGUACUUCAAAAAUUGGUAAUCCGGUGAUAUAUGAUCCUGUAAGUAAUGGUGCAGUGAAGGAAGGAAGCAGGUUAGAUGGAAGUUCCACCAAAUUGGUAUCCAACGCUGAUAAUACCGAAACCGAAUCAUCUUCUAGAAAUAUUGUCCACUCUAAAACGAAAAAUGAAUUGCUCAAGGAGGAGUCAGUACUAAACCAAAAAGGUGCUUCCGCCAAUCAAAAUUUAGAAGCGAAUUCAUCCUUGGACAACGAGCUUUCCCAGGACGGAGACACUUCUGUGAAAAGCAGUUCUUCAGUUAACAACGCUACUGUAUUUAACAUUGGAACGCAAGGAAAAACGUUAGAGGAAAGCUCAAAACUGGUAACCGACAUCUUUGUAGCCAACAACUAUACCAAAAAGAAGGAAACAUAUUCGAAAGACUUGACCGGGCCGCAAGCAGAAAAUGAAUCAGGCUUCGAAACUGCCCUGGAAUCCGCUUUGAAUAAAACCAUUACUUCUUCAAAUCAAACAUCUGGAUCAGUCUCAUCCCUGGAGAGGAACUUCUCCCAAGAAGAAAUUGUUGAUUUGACCAAUGAUUCCUCAUCAGAUCAUUCUUCAAUCAAAACUACUGAAAACCAUGAAGAAAGCACCAUAUUGGGAAACUAUAAUUCAGACUCCGUUGCAGAUAACAUUGAAACGUAUUCUGGAAGUUUGGCCACCUCUCAAACAGAAUUGGGCGGUCAGAUUCCAAAGGAAACAGCCCAAAUUAGGAAACACAAUUCCACGAAUCAAAACUCCGCCUCAAGUACGUCUGUCGAUCGUCAGUUCUCCCAGGAAGAAAACAUUUCUGCAAUAAGUAGUUUGCCAGAUGGGAAUUCUGUAGCGGAUGAAGUUAAAAACCUCCAAGAAACGUUAGCCGGAAAUUCCAGGUUAGAAACCAAUAACUCAGUGUUUGUCACUAGUAACAUCCAAACGGAUACAUAUUCGGAAAAUUUGCUAGGCUUGCAAAGAGUUAGUGAAGUGCAUGAUAAGACCGCGAAAGAAUCGGCCCAAAAUAAUAAAGAAAUUUCCGCAAGCCAUAACUUUUCGGAAAGCCAGUUCUCCCAGGAUAGAGGUGCUUCUCUGAAUAUAGAAGAUACUUCCCUAAGCCAGGAAUUGAGUAUAACAGACUCCUUGCAAAACAUCAACCAUAAACAGAAUGAAAGUAGCCUUAAAGGCUCGUAUUCCAAAGGUAGUUCCGCCAAACAUACUUCAACAGUAAACUCAUUUGAGAACGAAGGUCAGCUAUCCAGCAUCGAAUCGAAAUCUAAUUUUGUUUCAACCAAUACAUAUCCAUCUUCCACUAGACAAAAAUCGGCAACCUUUUCAGGUGGUGCCACUAUCUUAUCAAGUGAAGAUUCUUCGACAGUAAAUGAUUCGUUAGAAAAGUCGAAAUCCUCUGAAAGCGCUUUCAGCGCCACACUUUUGGAAGAAAAGGUUUCUCUGAGAGAUGACAAGUUACCUGAACCAACAAAAGAUUUUAUUGAAUCUUUUAGCUCAGUAACUGGCAAUACUACUCAUACUCAAGACUCGAGCCUACAUUCCACGAAGAAUAUAGAUACCAGGGGUGAAGAUUCUGAGGCAACUUUUAUCCAAACUAUCGAAUCGUCGACUGAACCGGUUGAGACCGCAACAUCUCAACCUUCCCCUCAGACAGAACUUCCUUUAAUUCACGUUACAGCUGGUCACAUCCCAAUAAUUCCAUUAAAUUUUGAGCAAACUACUGAAGGUCGUAGGAACUCUCCAUCCCUCAUUCAUGUCGCUGAUCCCCAUGAAAACAAAUUCAUCUAUUCAGACAAUUCUGCCGGUAUUUCGGCUCACGCUUUUGAGACUUUUGAUAGCAAAGUUUCAACAGGGGGUAAAGAGGACCAAACUGAGUUCCAAUCCCGAGAAAAUGCUGAAGGUUCAAAAGUGUCCCAAACCAGUCAAACCUCAAUGAGUGGUCAAAACCAAGUAAAUGAGGAAUACCAACGAAGCGAUAGCACAUCAACGAUUUUUGCAAAUACUCAAUCUGGAACCAUUCCCAAACCAUACCCUGAAAUCCCUCCAGAUUACGUUGAUGAUAAUUACGAAGCCCAGCUUGUAGAUAGUUAUGAUGCCGAAGAUGGUUCAGGAUUUUCGGAUUCGAUUGAAUCUGAACAUCAAUAUCGAGCAAGUUAUGAGAAUACUGCCAAAGACUCUAACAAAUAUACCAAGAAUCAUUUCGAAUCAUCCCAUGUAUUUUCUUCCCGUAUAUCUGAAUCAUCGUCUCAACCAACCAACCCUCCUAGACCUGGUCAUAAAACAACAUUCACAACCAGACCUCGGGGUCGAAUCUCGUCAACAAUACCAUCGUUCCAAGAACCUUACAACAACGAAAUCCCUAUCUACUAUCGGAAAGGUAAUCGAAUGAAAAUUAUUGGUGAGACCAGGACAAAAGAUUUUCCAGACUCACCGAUCAUUUAUAUCCACAAAAUUGAACGGGUUAACGGAGUAACUACAGAAUCAUCAUUCAACUCACAAGCAAACCAAGAAAUUUCCUUCAGCUCUGCAACUCUUUUCGGUGGGUUCACAACAUCUCAAGCAAUCCACAAUCAAAAAGGAUUCACAACCACUGAACCUACCGAAGCCAUUGCAGAACUCCCAGAGAAGGUUACCAAUGCCCAUACUCACGGUAACACACCAGUUGUAGUUGAAAUUAUUGAGUCGACAGUGCCAGACAAGGAGGUUGCCGAAAUAUUAGACAUGCCACUAAAUGAGCACACAAUGAGUAUACUUUUAUUAGCUAAUAGUAGUGGCAUUGCAGAAGGUUCUGAAGAAGAGAAAGCUAAGUUAACUGCUACUAACACAUUAACCGAACAAAUCGCUAGUAAAGCUAAGGACGAAGAGAGAGCGGAAGGAGGAGAAGAAGAUGUUUUAGGUGCCAACAAUAAUAGCAGUAUUUAUCUUGCUCAGCAGCAACAGUCUGUAGAUUCUGCUUCAUCAGGUGCUUCUACAACUCUAGCAAAUAUUAACAAUGUCAUCUUACAGCAGCCCGCGAGCGACGAAUCCAACCAACAGCACGAUGAACAAUUGGAUGUCCAAAAUCUUGUCCUAGAUUCUAAUCUUGACUCAACUACUAUCGCGAGUGAAACCAUUCCGUCCGAGGACCACUACCUUCGGCAACAUGAGAUUGAUAUCGCUGCUGCUUCCCAACAUAGGCUCUUCUCUGAGGGCGCCAAUUCUCUCUCCAAUGAAGUUACAGAUGGUCCCUCACUAUUUCAACAAUCUCUUGAAACUUCUUCAACCUCUUUGGAGGUUUCUCGGUUUGAGAGAAAUGAUUCAAAGGAAUCACAGUUCACUAAUAUAAAUGAGGAACUAAUGGCUGAAGAUCUUGAUGCAGAUAGCAAUUCUGUUGGGGCUGCAGAUCAGGUUGUUAAGGAAAUACCGACAACGGAAUAUCCUUCCAUAAGUGGUAGGCAUUCUACGUCUGAUGAAUCUUUGAAAGAGGUCGAAAUUCCAUCACAAACAAAUAUACCGAUAAUUUCAGUGACAGAAGAAGCAAUUACUGCUACAGCUGUAGCUUCCGGUGCUUCCCAGAGUUCUCUGGAUGAAACUAAAGAGACGAACUCAGAAGUCAAUGUUCCCCUUACUAACGUGCCGUUCCUUGAUGAAAAAGUACAACAGACGACGGCAUAUCCUUCUAUGAGCCAGGGACCCUACGCUUCUGGUGAAUCUUUGAGUGGUAAUGAAGUGUUGUCACAAACAGAGGAACCGAUUUCAAUAUCGGAGGAGGGGGGCUCUGGCAUCACCACGGAAAGAAGUUUUUCCGAACAUUCUGAAAAGGAAUCUGGAGAAACGAUUCUCGAAGCGAACUCUUCCUCUAGCAGCUUAUCCUCCAACAGCGAAGAAGUCCAAAAUACUUUAACUGAAGGAUCAAAUAUUCGUAGCAGUUCUUUCAGUGGUUUGAGUGAGUCCAGUGAAUCUUCCAACACGGAGCAAAAUACUGCUUUAAAUUUAGAGCAUGAUUUGACAAAAUCAACAGUGAAUAGUGAAGAGACCAUUGAACACAAAGAUUUAUCAAGCUCACAGGAAGUGAGAAAUAUCAUCGAUGGAUUAGUGAAACUAAAAGACCUAGUAGUAGACCGUAUUGAGGAGACAUAUGUCCCAACAGGUGUGCAGUCAAGUCAGGAAUUUGACGAAGUUCAACCAUCUUCAAACGCAUCAACUGAAACGAGUUCAACUACCUCUACUACCAGCCAGGAAGUCCCAAUUGCUGAGAGUGAUGUUAGUGGUACACCCAGUAUAAUUGAUAUUUCCUAUUCUACAACCACAAGUCAUCCAGAAGUUGAAACGACAACAGCGCAAGAAGAGAUUAAAAUUGCAGUCCAGCAAGCAACCACAGAUGAAAAUACGUUGCUGUCAGCUGAUGUCACUGCCACCUAUGAACCCGCCCCCACCAUGUCACACGAACUCUUCGAUGGAUUAGAUGCGGAAAAAAUCAAUGCUUUGCUUGCCGAAACAGAUACAAUUCCGUCCGUUGAAUCGGCCGAUGUUAGUCAAGAUCCCACUGAAGAAAUUGAAGAAGUGACAAAACCUACAAUCACGGAUUCUUCAUCACAAGAAGUAAAGAAAGUCAACAGUGACGCCGUGAACAAUGUAGAGAUAUCCGAAAAUUCGCAGAAUACAUACCAAUCACAAAAUAAACUUUCUUUGUCUUCCAAGACCUCUCAAGAAAGGUCGAACAUUCGGACUAGAACCCAGUCAUAUUAUAGUCAGAGAAAAACAUCAAGCGAAACUCAAAGUGGAAGCAACAAAACUAGGGAAUACCUCACAAAUCGAAGCAGAAGUCGCAAUAGGUACCAAAAAACCAGGACCGAAAGUCAGAAAGCUACUCCAUUCACCGCUUCGCAAGCUUCACAAGAACAAUCCUCUUCAUCCUACAAAAAAUUCUCUCGGGAGCGGACUGGAAGCUUUAGAGGACGUGUUACAUCGAAACCUAGUACAUCGACCACAAGUGCCGAAUCCGGUUCUUUCGAAGGUGAAGUAACAUCCAUUGAAGAUGUGGAUCAAACUUGGUCGCACACAAAGGCGAUAAGCGGGGAAGCUAAACAGGGAGCCGCCAUGCAAGAAGAAGUAAAUACUCAAGAAGUAACUACCCAGAGCAUCGUCUCAGUUGAAGUAAAUACCCAAGAGGUAACUACCCAAAAUGUUGUUUCAGUUGAAGAGAUUGGAAGUGAGAAGGACACUUUAGACUACACAACAGCCCGACCUUCAGUAAGCGACUUGCCGUUGAAUCAAAAUUCCGCGGAACUGCUCCCUGAUGAGCGAACUUCAACUAUUCAACCUUCAGUAAGCGAUUCUUCGACUAGCCCAGAAUUCACUGAAGAACAUUCCGGCGAAAGAAUUUCAAUGGAAGUAACCUCUACCCCUGCAGUCGAACUUAGUCAAAACACUUCCCAGGAGAACCAAGUGAUCAUUGAAGAAGCAACGACAUUGGCUUCGGUACCUGCCGAUCUUUUGGGAGACGUUAACUCAAUCGAAGGUGACUACACGACUCCACUUCCUAGCCAAGAAUCAUCAACCUCAGAUUUGAGUCUAUUGAAGGGACAUGCCAUUGACGAAGCUUCUUACCCAUCAAUGGAAAAUGCAGGGGUAACAACUGAAAAGUUAGUUCCUGAAUUGAAUGAAGAAAUACCCACAGGGGCACCACCAGAAGCGGUUACUGCAUCGGAAAGUCUUGCACAAAAUGAGCCUUCUCCGACUAUUGAUAUGCCCGAACAACAUGAAUCCACAGUUUACACUCAAAACUCCGAAACAUCCUUCUCAUCAAAAAUACAUGAAAGUGGCCAAAUCCUUGACGAAGAAAAAAUCGAUCAAGCAAACGCGGUGGUUCCAGAAGUAGCACCAACUAUUACUUUAAUGGCAGAAACGAACAAUCUGACUGAAUCAUCCACAGUCGACGAAGCUUUAGAAGUAGCAGGCCAGUCCAGUGAAGAAUAUAUAAGCCCUUCAACAACGGCGGUGCUUCCAGAAAUAACACCAACUUUUGCCUUAACGGCAGAAACGAACAAUCUGACUGAAUCACCCACAGUCGGCGAAAGUUUAGAAGUAGCUGACAAAUCCAGUGAAGAAUACAUGAGCCCUUCAACAACGAGCCUUCCUAGCAGACCAACUAAACCUGAUCAUUCGUCUGAAAUUCAAAGCACUAAAUAUUCGCGAACACGGGGAAGAACCCGGUACGAUUCUCAAAAGACAUCAUACUCCAGUUCUAGAAAAGCAACUGAAGGACUAUCUCACGUUCGUCAGUCUUCCAGAUUUAAGUUUUCUUCUCAACGAAGGACUAAUCUGAGAAAUUUCACUGAAGUAACCACAACAACAGAGAAAAUCACACCAUCCACAACUACAACUCAAAUCCUGGCUACGGAUGACCCAAAUUUCGUAGGUACUUUUGGUAAGGUUAUUUACCAAGAAAGUGCUGAACAAGCUGACCUAACAAUGCACGAAGAAGGGUUCAUGUCUGAUGUUGGAAAUGUUGCUGAUAUUGUGCCAACUAGCCCUCAGAUGCUUUUGGUGGAAGAAGGUGAAGCGACAACGAUAAAUCCUAAUAUGGUUUGGGGACCAUCUGCUGAAGAAGCAACCAGAAAUUUGACGAGCGAACAGGGGUCAAGCCAGAAUGUUUCCCAUUCUGAGGAAACUUACUCGAUUGAAACUCAUGCUCAAAAUGCACUCGAUAAUGAAAAAGAAGCACUAAUCCCGUCGAUGUUUGGCACUGAACAAUAUGAUACUACAACUGUUGAAUCCUUUAUUUCUGCUGGAGCAACUGGACCUAAUUCAGAUAAGGUGGAACAAUCAACUCAAAAUGAUCUACCCCUUGAAAGCAACUUUACCAGUGUAGAAACACCCAUUGAAACCACUACUUCAAAAAUGUUCGAAAAAGAAAUUGAAAAAGUUGAAGCAAUGGGAGAACUUGAAGAAUCUCAGCAUCAGUCAGUUGCUAAGAUCACUUCCUCUAAUACGUCGGAACUGGAAGUUAACCAACAGCAAGUACAAGAGGAUCUCACUGAAACAACCACUAUUCUCCCGGACAUUACAAAUGAAGACAUUAAUCACCAAAAGAAUGUACUCGAAUUCAACUCCUUCCAAACGGUAGAACUAGAAGCAAAUCAGCACAAAGCAUUAACCGACGAAAAUGUAGUCACUACGGUACCUCCUCCAGCAGAAAAUGAGCGAGUCUUGAUUUCCGAAGAACCUCCGAAACUGAUAGAAAAAAGCGAACCUAAUGACGAACAAAUUAUUAGCGAUCCAGUGACUACCACUUCUCCAGUGAUACAACUAGAAUCAGGUUACGAGCGAAUGGAGUUAGGUGAACAACAAGUACUUAUCACGAAGGAGGAAACGAGCAGCUCUAUCGCCUCAAAUGAAAGUAGUUCAGAAUUCGUUCACAAGGAUGAGACAGAAAAUUUCAUCGGCGCUACAACUGAGGCCAUUGUCGAAUACACCACCUCGGUAAUAGGCAACGUAGAAACUCCUUCUACAACAGCAUCUCCAACUAGUUCUGUUAAUACAGAAGGAUCUAUUGGAAUUGAAACACAAACCGAUGUUAACAGAAUUGAAGACCACACAACUAUCAUACCUCCACAAACUACGAUUCCUUCCACGGCUUACUCUGGAGAAAGUGUAGAAAGCGAAGAAGGCAAGUUUAUUAUAUCUAAUGCUGCUGACAGCCAACUUAUAUCAACUGAAAAUUAUACCAUGUACGAGCAAACAACUGAACAAUCAAGUUUCACCACUCUUCCAAUCUCUGAGUCUACUUCAAGAAAUCUUGUUGAGAUUACACAAGAAGAGCAACAUAGUGCUUCAAUUUCAACACUUCAGGAAAACAGAAGUGAUUCAGAACAGAUCGCAACAAAGAGCGUGACCGAAUCCUCCCAGGAAAGCCAAGCAGGAAGCAGCUCAACAAAACUGCCUACAGUUGAGAGUACUACCCUUCAGCCCAUUGGUGAAAUAUCUAGCCAGGAAAAAUUGAGCUCUAUGGUUGAAACCCAUCUUCACACACCUGAAACAGUUAAGCAGCAAACGCAUACCCAGGUGUUAACUGAAAGCAGUUCAAAGGCUAUCUUUGAAAACAAUACUUCUGAAAUAACUGAUGAAAUACUACCCCACGCCACAGACCCUCCCGUGGCCUUAUCAACAGAAGAAUAUGAAAUUUCUACAGAGGCGACUACCUCUGCUCUUCCUAAAGGAAGCCACACUACAACCACUGAAAAGUAUACUGAAGCACCCGCCCUUGAGGCAAUUGUCAGUCAAACAGCUGCAGCUACAACGGAAUCGGCUCUAAAAACAAAUGAACUGUAUGAAGAGCGAGUUCUUCUCACCCAGGAACCGCCAUCUACAACUACUCAAAAAUCAAUUAGAAGAAGGCCAACACAAUCAUCUGAAACAACACUGGCCGACCAAGAAAUUUUGCGGUACUUCCAGAAGAAAUACAGUCAAGUAGUAACAGAGCAAAGUCGACACGAAGCUCCCCAAUUAGAUGUACUAUUGAAUGAAAUCGGCUAUGAAAAUGUCGAUCAGCAAGUUGAUCCAGAUUCUCAAAGAGCAACCAAACCUUCAUCAUUGGUAAGCAUUCCAUCUACAACACCCUUAGAACAUCUUACAACUUCGCUUACUACUGAAAAAUACACUACUACUCCCACCACUACAACUACUAGCUCAACCACAGCUGCUACCACUUCUUCUUCAUCUACUACUACCACAACAACUACCACUUCUAAACCACUACCUGAAGGAGACCAGGAUGAUCAUGUUGCAAAAACUUCAUCCGAAAAACCAACAGAAGCGAGUCCGGUAACAGAAAAUGUUCGAAGUAGGGUCCUGUCUCCUCUUCAGAAACUAUCAUCAAGGCGUGGUCGCCCAUACAAUCCGAGAUCAAGGAUUAGUUCUAGAAUAACGACGGAACGAAGCUUAGGUGAUACCAGUGAGCGAUCGACCCAAAUUACCAUUAGAACCACCUCAAGCAGUGUGCGCAAUCGAUUGAACAGAUUCCGUAGCAGGACGACGGCAGCACCUGCAUCUACUACCUCAGCAGCUGCUCAGGAUGCAGAAAUUACUCAGGCACCGAGACGCCUUGGACUGCCAACAAGAGGUCGUCAACGUGUUACAUCACCAACAAGUAGACGGAACUAUUCGCCCAACAUAUCUAGGCAACGAACUAACUUCAGAUUCCGUGGUGCCUCUACAAGCACAACAACCACAACCACAGAAACUCCAAACUACCCAGUAGGAUUCGACCCAGAAACUCCAGUAAUUCCUGAAAAAAUCGAAGUUUCUACAACAGCAAAAGCACUGGAGGAAGUAAAACCUCAAGAGAUCCCAGUAUCUACAGAAGCGCCAGAGCUCCCGAAACCAAUCGAAGUGCCAACGACUUCGGAGACUCCUGUAACUCCACAAACUUCAGAAUUGCCUGAAGUAUCAUCAGUGCCCAUUAAGGAUGAAAGUUUGAAUACCAUUGAGAACGUCACGCCUGAACAUACAUCUACUACUCAAGCAACUUCAGCAAUACCUGAAGAACCUUCCACCACUCAAAGAUCGACAACUACAGAAGCAAUCACACCACCACCAAACACACUUGGUGUGAAAUCAAGGAAGGUUCUUAGAAAACCAAUAUCUAGCAGAAAUUUCAAUAGACAAUCCUCUACUUCACAAAAGGAAACCUCUCAAAUAACUCGUAAACGGGUUGUUCUUCAAAGAAAGAAACCCAAAACCGAGGACUUGAAUCCUGUAGAAGUUAAUUCCGAAGCACCUCAACAACCACCUACAACCGAGAGUACCCCAGCUCAAGAAAAGCCUUCACGACCACGAAGGCCUGGUGGAAGAAACCGUCUCAGAAAUCGUAAUAAACAAAGAACUACUGCUCAGCCAUCAGAAGAAUCACCAGCUGCGCCUGGGGAAGAAAUUAAGCCAACAAAGAAGCCGAAACCCAACUCACGGAGAUUGGGUCGCCCAAGACCAAAAAAUAGAACACAAGCUGCACCGAAGUUUGUAAAUCAGGAUGAAGUUGCUGAACCACAAGGUCCCGCAAUAGAAUCAUCCACCGAAAGCAGAAAACGAGUCUCCUCAGUUUCUCGUAAAAGAUUCCAGGCUCGAACUGCCGCCUCGCGCUUUCAAAACCCCCCCAAGCCCACUAAAUUAGAAUCUGAUUCAAAUCCACCAAAAGAAGAGAUUGAAGAAGCACCCACCCCUAGUCAAAAUGAAAAACCCUCCACACAAAAAAACGGUAAUCGCAAGAGAGUAGUCCUUAAGCGAUUUCGGCCGCGUUCCGAAACUAAUGAAGAAGUCCCAAUCCAAAAUUCCAAUAAUCCUGUAGAGUCUGACGAUAACGAAGCCAUUACCAAACUGAAACCUGUUAAUAAAAAUGAGGAAAAGGUUAUAGAGAAAAAGCCCGGGCUGCAGAGAAGAAAGGCUCUUCGCCUUCGUCAGAAGCAAAAUUUUCGGUUACUAGCCUCGAAAGGCGGGGCGAUACGUGAUUCCGCCGGUGAGAGCCCUCCUUCGCAGAAAGAUCCUUUUGAAUCCUUUGAUCAAAUGACGGAUGAUACUUCUAACCUAGAGUCUGCAGGGAGUUCUAACCAAUAUGUGACUGCAAACUAUUAUGAAACCCAAACCUUACCAACUUACGAUAUCGAUAUAAACUAUGCUGACGAAAAUGAGGAGCAGGAUCAAAAUGAAGUUGAUUUUUUUGAGGAGGAAGUAGAGGACACUACUUUGGAUGCGACAGAUUCUGUCUUUUCUGUUACCACUUCUCUUGAAUCUAUCGUCUCUUCAUCAUCAUCAUCCCCAACUUUUUCUUCUACUACUGCUAGUCCUAUCGAUGAUUCUACUAGCGCUUUCGCCAUACCAUCUGCUACUUCCACUACUACGACUGAGUCUACUCUUCUUUCUUCAUCAAAUCAUGGAUUACAUUCUUCUGAUUUAACGCUAAAUCUAAAUGAAGAAGAGUUUGUUCAACAGGAAUACCAAAUAGAUAAGAGACUUCGUAAACUUACGGAUCAAAUAACGACAACAACGGACGCUACUGAUAAAGAGACAACAGUUGUUGAUAGGGGAACUACCAAGUUCGCUUCGAGAAACACCACAGGUAUAUUUUCAUCAGAAGGCUACGUGACGAGAGUAAAUCGAAAAGAGUUGAUUGGUUCUACACAACCAACCACUCGAAAUAAAACCGUGACCACUAAGCGAGUCCUUCCUGACAGCAAGGUAACCUAUAUUAGAACAUUCCAAUCUAAUAGGGAGUCUACCAAACAGUCGUCUCAGCAAGUUGGCUCUGAAACGGUGCUCAUUCGUCAAAAUUCUGAUAGGAAAGGCAAUGCCCUACCUGUUAGAACCAACACCGCAAAUGAUCUGAAUGGCGCUGGAUCUGGUUCGUAUGAAGAAUUCGCUGACAUUGAUGACGAAACAACUAUAAGAACUACUUUGAUUUUUUUAAAAGGACCAACACCGAGCUCGAAAGUGUCUAGACCUAAUGGAACGGCUGGGUUUAAGUUUAAACUGCCUCAAAUAAACUAUGAUAUAGAAGAAGAGGAGGAAGUGACGGGCAGUGCCUUGGGAGGCCACAAUGAGGUUGGAGCCUCAAGAGGGUCUACAAAGAGCGGAGAUCUAGAAGACGACGAAGAAGAUGAACCCAGUAAAGAGGAAUACGAUGAUUACCAAAGUGACGAGGAAGAUGAAGUGACUGAUAGCUUCCUUUCACGCCUUCUUUCUUCAAUGAAAAGGAUAUUCUCUAAUGAAGAAACCGAUGAGGACACCCCGGAAACAACAACUAGAAAAUAUGUCACCAUCACUAGACCAAAAGUUACUACCGAAUCCGCGGACGAUGCUGAGCCCACCACGCCUUUAUACGCACAGGAAGAAAAUGAAGAAACUACAUCCGAUUCUGAUAAACCUGGCCGAACCUAUACCACCCUUUCCAGAACUUCCGGCUUGAAAAAAACAACACUAGAAACAAAAGGAAAUGAAAAAGAGAAUAGUAAUGAGAAUACUAACAAUGGAGUGAAAGAAACUGUGAUAGCAAACAAUGGUAAAGGAGGAAAAGUUUACUCGUCUAUAAAUCGAGUUCAAACUUCUUCAGUUUCUAAGGAUUCAACAUCUAGCGAAGUAUCUGGUGAGACAGAAGAAGAGGAUGAAGAGGUAGGCAAAGAUUCAGAUGUCAUCAAAGGUUCAAAAUAUACUACUAUAACCCGGAAAAACAAUGCCUCCAAUACAAUAGUUGAAAACAAAGAAACGGACAUAGAAGAACUUGAUAACGAAGAAGGAACGACAAUUUCUUACAGCAGUACGCAACGUACACCAACUGUAUCUCCGGAAGAAGAGAAAGAUUCAACGGAACACAUAGAAGGCAACAUAAUUUCUCUAGAAGAACAGCAAGACCUUACACUUUUCAAAGUCUCUACGGCGACGUCCAAAUAUGUCACAUUAACUCGAAAUAGGGUGUCCAGUAAUAAAACAGAAUCAGAAACCUCCGAAGAUGACUUUGAAGAGCCCGGAAUAUCUCAAACUGAAGCAAACACAUUUACUUCGGAAAAAGAAAACUUCAACAAUGAGGAUGAGGAUGAGGAUGAGGAAAAGCAAAUUGGCAUAGCCAUAGCUUCACUCAAUUCAAAUUCAAAGGAAGGUAAUGGCAUAAAAAAUAUAGUAACAUCCAGGAGAGUCUAUUCGAUCCCUAGUCGAAGAAGACUUUCAACAACGACUGAAGCUCUACCGAACCCAGAAGAAUCGACGGAAAAAACAUUAGCUGUUACCCCACAGAGGGUGCAGAUAACAACUAGAGGCAAAUACAAAUUUCGCAGUUCAACUUCCACAUCUACCACUGAAAUUCCUGCCCUAGAAGAUGAAGAGAAUACAGGGAUAAGCUCCCAAGCAACACUGCGCCCCAGCACCAGAGGGACAUUUACCUUUCGAACUAGAAACACUCGACCACCACUUAAACCAACAGUAGCAGUAGAAGAAGUAAAUACCGCGAGAACUAGCCCGACCACCAGGAGGGCCUUUACUUUCCGCACUCGAAGCAAAGUUCAAACCACUACUGCAGCUCAAACUGAUCAAGAAAUCAACCAAGAUUCACCAGAAGACACUGAAGAAGAGAGUGUACAGGAGAAAACACCAACGACUAGACGGUCUUUUGUUGUUAGGAAACGUGUGCGCCCAGUAGUUGUUUCUUCCAAAAAUGAGGAGUCUGAACUCGAAGCUGACGGAGUCUCUGGCUUCCGACGAACUUCUUCCACAUUUACACGCACGCAAGGAGUUGGUGAACUUUCAGAACAUCCUAUUAGUCCGACUAGAAGAACUUAUGGCGCAAUUAAUCGUAUUAAGGCGACAGCAGUAUCUACAACAGAAGAACUGGAGGAAAUUGAUGAAGAAGAGGAGGAGGAGACCGAAGAACGCAUUUCCAGUACAACGAGACGGACUUAUGGUUUUGUAACCAGAAGAAAGUUACCAGUAAAGCCAACAUCUGAUUCGUCAACUGAUUUCGAUGAGGAAGAAGAAGUAGAUCACUCGAACCGGGAAAUCCAAAGUACAACUAGACGGAGUUAUGCAAGUUUAAACAGGAAAACGUUGCCGAUAGGACCGAAAACCGAGAGACCAGAUAAAGUAGAUGAUGAAGAAGAUAGUGAAGAAGAUAGUGAAGAUGGUCCAUCUACUCCAGAAAUUUCUGUUACUACUAAGCGGACCUAUGGCCUUAUUAAUCGAGCACGACUCCCAACUAGACCCACAACUGAAGAAACAGAUUUGGAGGAAGAAGCCGAUUUAGAGGAAGAAGCGGAAGAUACCACUUUGCAGCCGAAAAUUACAAGCACAACCCGUAAGACAUAUAGCUUCAUUAACAAAUCAAGAUUACCUAGCACACCUACAACAAAGGAACCAGUGAAAGAUUAUGAUGAGGAUGAAGUUGAAAAUACACAAAUUAGCUCUGAGACUUCUAGUACUACCAGGCGAACUUUCAGUUUCCUCAAUCGGGCGAAACUUCCAACCAGACCUCCGACUGAAGAGCCGGCUGAAAUUGAGAGUGAUGAAGAAAUUGAUGAUAGUCCCGUCGGCCUACAAGUUACGACCACUACUAGGAGAACUUAUGGGAUUCUAAAUCGACCAAAGCCUUUCGGCAGACCUUCAACGACUGAAACACCUGAAAUUGAGGAAGAAGAUGACAUUGAGGACGAUUCUGCUAGCAUUAAGACUCCAAGCACAACUAGACGAACCUAUGGUAUCCUGAAUCGCAACAGGUUUACCAAAAAACCGGCAGCAGUUAAAGUAUCUGAAAAUGAUGACAACGUAGAAGAGAAGGAAGAUACUUCAGCAGCACCUGCGACAAAAAGGACCCCUUCAAUUUUGAAUCGUGUGAAAUUCUUAAAUCGUACACUAACCUCGACUGACUCUUCCCAAGUGGACAAAAAAGUCGAUGGUGAAGCGAAUUUGUCAAUUACCUCUAGAAGGAAUAGUUUGUUACUUAGUAAACAAAAAACUAAAACUGCUCCGUCAAUAGAGCAGGAAACCAUCCAAGAUACAAACGAAGAGCCUGAAGACGAUUCAGCAGAAGUAACUGAAACACCAACACAAAAGCCAUUAAUCGCAACGGAAUCUACCUCCACAGUGUCUGAGUCAGAAGAUAUUGCAGGAACAACAAUAUCUGCUUUCAGUGAUAGUACUGAUCCGAUUUUGGAUGAAAUGGAAGUUACCUCAAUCGAAUCGAUCACAGAAGCGUCAUUUAAGUUGAAAGAUGAGGAGGAUGAAGAGUUGACAACUGCAAGAUAUGUCUCAGAUACUAAAGAGAAUGAGCCGCUAGAUAUUACUGAUACUCCGGAAACUCCAACCACUCUUCGUCUGCUUGACACAGUAACACCUACCCCAACACCGACACAAUUCACUUUUGAUCGUCAAAAGUUUAUAACAAGAUCGACAACCACUGCUUCUGUAGAAAAAAGUUCAACAUCAAGACAGGAGGGUGAUGAGGAGGUUUCAGAAGAAAAUCAGACAACAAGGAGAACAUUUACUCCAAUUCGAAGAACAACAACGACAACUACUCAAUCCCCAGUGAAUGACGAAAAUGAAGACGACGAGGAGAGUAUCAUAGAAGCAUCAACAAGACGCACAUUCACUCUCCUAAAUCGCAAAAAAUCCGCCCUCAGUUCCACAUCUUCAAAAACCGACUUAGUUGAUGAAAACGAAGAGAAGGAAGAAGAACCAAAAGCUGUUCCGAGUACAACUCGGAGAGCAUUCGGAUUCAGCAGACCUACAACUAUCAAGCCAAAAUCGUCAUUAGGCAAUUCAAAUGAACCUGACAGAAACCCCGCAUCACCAACAAGAAAAACAUUUGGCAGCAUUAAACGUGUCCAAACCAUUCAAAAGGCAGAGGAAGAAACGGAAGAUGAAGAAAGUAGUGAACAGUUCCAAAGAUCAAAAACUAAAUUUACGUCAUCUAAUCGUAAAACGAUUGGUGAAAAUUUGGGCACAAAGAGUACUUUCAGCGCCGUAACAAGACGAACCUAUUUUGGUAGACCCAGUAGUUCAACAGCCAAGUAUCAGGAUGAUGAGGAAGAAGACGUAGAUGAAAGUGAAGAAGAUGAGGCAGAUGAUGAAGACCAAUUGAUUAUAAAUAAAUUUUCAUCAACAAAAAAUUCCGGCUUUUCACCAACGAAGCGUACCUAUAACAGUUUGAAUCGCAUAAAAGUUCAAACCCUGACAGAGACUUCAACAAUUAGGCAACAAAAUGAAAACUCCGAAACUACUAAUCGAUUUUCCCCGGCAAAUCGUCCACGCCCAAGUUUCUCUCUCAACAAUUCAGUGAAAAAAGGUUUCACCAACAAGGCAGAGGCAGAUGAUGAGGAAGAAUAUGAUGAGUAUGAUGAUGAGGAAGAAGAGGAAGAACCAGUUGUUGAAAAACCGGUGCCCGUUAGAAAAUUCGGGACUUUCCAAAAAACAAUCAAUAGCAAAAUCGAAACUGAGACAAUAAAGGACAAUUCAGCGACGCGCACAAAGUUCGCAUUCCCAACGCGCACCAAACCUAUUCUUGGUAUUCGUUCUCAAACUGCAAAGCCAGCACUUAGUGGGGAGCAGAACGAGUCCGAUGAAGUUGAGCAUGAGGGUGAGCAGCACGCUAUCAAUUCUCAAAAUAAAUUUUCACCAACAAGCCCCGGUGGCAUUGGUGAAAACCUCGUUAUAACACGGCAGCAAACUCAAGGUCAAGUCACUGCCGACUUUGUAAGGUCCAAUAAAACGGAUCAAGAGGAUGAGGAAAGCGAUGAGUACUACGAUGACGAUGAAGAACUCACCAGUGAGGAAGAUAAAAAAGACAGUGCCGACAAGACAUCUCAAGUUUUUCAAAAUAGUUUUAAACCCUUAAGUAGUGUAAGAACAAAACCAACAGGGUCUCAUCCUAUUAUUCCCGGUCUCCUACAAUCCAAUUCCAAUAUUGAUUCUAAUACACCAACACUAACCGUAACUACCAAUAAUUACACCAACAGCAACAAUAACCUAACAAAUCUUAGUGUCAAUGGUCCUAAUGGGAAUUCGUUAAUAUCUAAACAAUUAGUAGGUGUUGCAAUUAUUGAUGAUAAUAAUGAUGGUAAUAACACGCAAUCUGUUGUUGAUGUUAACGUUGAUGAUGAUAUUGGCAGCGUUAACAUUGAUUUUAGUCGGCCUCUGUUGCUUAAUUUUAACCGACGUUUUCAGAAUAUCACUUCAUCAAGACGUGGCGGUUAUAACCAGGUAAAUUCAACAACGCGUUCAUCAUCAACAAGAUAUAACUCUACAACGGCCACAGUAUCACCAACUGACGAUGUACAAAAUAUCACAUCAAGUACAGUUAGUGGUCGAAGAAGAGUAGCUAUCUUUAGAGUACGUCGUCCAGUUAACGGGACGAAUAUCAGCAACGUUGGUAGAGGAAAUGUAGCGCGAACUCCAAACAAAGACUUAGGUGACAACGAAAAUAGAGACUCAGACAGUACCUCGACUCAACAGACACUGACUUCAACAACUGAAAGCUCAACAGCUCCGCGUAGGUUUACAGUUAGAAGAAAGUUAAUACGAAAACGACCUGUGGAAAACAGUGCAACUACUCCGCCAAGUGCAGGGUCAGGUAUAUCAAGUGAAACUGGAUCGACCAGAUUUGAUGAAAAUAUUGAUAUUAGUGAAACAGAGGUGCCGAGAAGUACCACUGCCUUGCCUACAACAAGAAGGAGAAAAACAUCUACAGUGCGUCCAAAAGCAUUCAGCCCUUCAAGGUCGAGUGUAGGAGACGCUGAGGAUAAAGCAUCAAGUACAACUGAGUCCCCCGAUGACUUGGUACCGACUAGACGAUUCCGAAAGGUAAUCAGACGACUAAAGAAACCUGCUGUUAAUGCGAGCACAACUGUUGUACCAGUACUGAAGUUUGUCCCACAAACUGAUGGCCGGAUACAUUUGCUCAAGGUUGGUGAAGAAGCGAAAAACCAAACUGUAGAGGAUGAAGAAAUUGUCUCUAAAGUUUUGUUGGAUGUAAAAGAAUCGGUUAGAUCCUUUGAUCCGGAAAGCACAACCCUCGAACUGGAGCAAAGAUUCAAUCAUACCACUUUAAGUAAUACUUUGGAAGUAUCCUCUGAAGAACCUACUACCCAAAAGGUCGAAACCGAAACAAUCCGCGAUUAUGAGUUGGAGACAAAUGGAACUCAUCCAUUAGAUCCCAUUGAAACAAUAGAUGAAACAGCGAAUAUUACGGUGACAGAUGAGGAAGAGUUGAGAAUCAAGUUGCUUUCAGAAGGGGAAUUCAAUUUGACAAGACCACUUGAAACCACACCACUGGCCCCAACUCCAACAAUUACUGAAGCUCCCGUCCUUCCAGAAGAGGGAGAAUCUCCCGCGAUAAAUGAUACAUCCAUCACAGCCGCUACGGAACCUAGUAGCGAAAUUUCAAACACCACAAUUAUACCAGAUGAUGUAUCAAACACAACGAUUCCAGGCGAAGAUAUCGGCGAAAAUGCGACAAUCAUCCCUCCAACAUCUUCCGACGUGAGCCAAAAUCUCAAUGAUACAUCAUCCACAGAAUCGACGUCUACUACCACCACAACGAAAAGCAAACUAUUUGCAUCACGAAGACCAUAUAAACCAACGAAACCUUCGAUUUCAGCCAUCACGUCCACAGAAGCAACCAGCCCCACUCCCAAAAGUUACGUCCGUAAAUAUAGCACGAAUUUUACCUCAAUCAAAUCACCAGCAGAUAUAGAUAAUCCAGUUGGAAUAAUUAUUCCAAAGGUACCGUCUGUUCUCAAACAAACUCCAAAUAAAUAUAGGCUGAAAUCAACAACAGCUAGGACAACCCCAUCGAAUGGAGACGAAGCCAAUGAUGCCGAAGAAGAGGAAUACGACGAAUACACGAAGGUUGAAGAGGAAGACGGAGAUGCUCCGCAUAAAAUUGCAUUGAUAAAACCAAAUUAUGUUCUCAUAAACAGAACACCAAAGGCAGAAAGUCAUCUUGAGGAGAAUCCUCAACAAGGCUUGGAAGCAAAUGAAGAUGAAGAAGAAGAUGAUUCUGAAGAGGAAGAUUAUGAUGAAGAGGAGAAAAUCACUCAGCUUUCGAAAUCCCAAAUACCCAAUGUGCCACACCCAAUACCACCUGUUCAUUCAAAUCAACCAAAUUCACCUGUGCUAAGUUUGGGUAUCCCCGCAAUACCGCCCGUCCUAGUCCAGCCAAAUAGUCCUAUUGACCUCCUUAAGAUGGUGUUAGCUCCAGGUCAACUCCCACCACCAAUUCCAGCCGUAAGCUUGAAUACUGCAACCGAGUCGGGGGCUGUCGUACGGCUCAAUAAUGGUUUCGUUGGUGUACUCCAAAAAUCCGAAUCAAAGGAGGACGAAUCAGAUAACGACACAACUACUCCAUCAACCACAACAACUCGACGUCAUCCAACUCAUCGGAUAACGCGACCAUCGAAUAAACCACGAGUAGUGAACCGCCCCUUCGUUACCACCAUCCAUCCUGCUUCCCUACGACUGGCUGUAACCAGUCCUCCUAAACCCACAACCCCAGCCCCAUUCCGUACCAAUAGCACGCGCAAUUACGAGCGCAAGUACACCGCCUCUAGUUCUACCGAAAGCACACUCUCCGAUAACUCCCUUCUUGAAGAUUUGAAUAUUGAUGCACUCAAUGCUAGAAAUAAGAAGAUAUUCCAAGAAACCAGUAGGAAACACACAACUGUAAAACCUAAGACAACACAGAAAGAUGGUGUAGAGUACAACAUCACUGGUUACACCAAUGAAACGGAGUCCGAGUCUUAUUACACAACACAAUUGCACAACUUUGAAUCCGAUGGGGAGUAUGUAGGUGAUGAUGUUAAUGGUUUUAAUCAAUUCCAGGAAAAUGUCCUGGAGAACUCUCAACAUUCUCCUGCUACACCAAUACCGCCUACUUCAACCACAUCGAAAAUGACGACUUUGCAUCAUGUAUUUGAACUCAGUGAGGAAGACCAUACUACAACUGCACCGGGAGACACAAAAGACUAUGUUCAUACCGUCAUGACCUCAGACCCAAGGAAGUUGGUGGAAAUUAACCGAAUUGUCGAAAUCUAUUCGAAACAGAAUGUCUACAAAAUCAAUGUCAACAAUCACACCACCCAGAAUAUUUCAAGUACAGAACUUAAAUUAGAGAAGCUUCCAAGGGUAGACCAUAUAGGCGAAAUUAGUCGUGCAGCAUUGGUGAACUUGGUCGAUUCAACCGGACGGGCCAGAAGUGAAGAAACCCAUGGCAGGUCGUUGGAAUACCAAGGCAGCAAUGUACUGAUUGAAGGACGUAGUACCGUAGCUGACUACAAACCUACCGAAGAGAUUCCAGUUACUGAGUUUACACCAGUAAGAAACUCAAUUCCAGAGUAUCAGAACGAUCAAGGAGCUAGAGCGGGCAAGGUCAAUCGACAUCCAUUUGUUCCUGAUGUCUUAUCUGGUGUUGAAACCUCCACGAUUUCGUUGGAGGGUUUGUUUGAAUUUACUAGGAAAUCCAAAUCUGGUCGAGUUAUAAAUAGUCCGGUGUUUGCCACAUCGCUUGGCGAAGUUAGACCGAAUGUUAUACAUGAAGUUGUUCGCAGUGUUAAUUCCCCACAACAAGCAACCACAAGUGCUACUUUAGCAACUACAGAACCAACGGUGUUUGCUGGUGCAACUACCUUUGCUCCGGAAAUUCCCACACAAACACCUACGCCACUUUCAACAACCGAGACUCCUACAACAACGUCAACACCGCCAACUACCACUACUAUCGGUCCAAUCCAAACCACUGAACGACCCACCGCCAAAACUGAAAAAUCAAUCAACUAUGUACGUCCUCUAGUGCCACUCCUUCGUCCUGAAUCAAAUGAAUCAUCACCACUGGUCAUAUCAAUAGCAAAUCUGGAUAAAGUAACAUUGAGUAAAGUACCACGAGAUGGCAGUGUUGCGUCAUCCGGACGUGUACGAUCCCAGCUAAAAGGUAAUGGACGUCGUCCAGUCUUAAGUGUCCGCCGUCGAAUAACGCCAGCACCAAACUCAACAGCUCCAACAGUAUCUGCAGAAGAUUCAGGAACACCACCACAUGUGGUUGACUCUAGUUCACCUACUACCGUCGCUGCAUCAACAAUCUCUCAGACUGGCAACGAUAGUGGUGUCACAGCACCAACAACUAGUUUUACUAACCGAUUUAAUCGAAAUCGCGUUCGAUUCACCACAACGCCAACAACCUCCACCACGGAACAACCAUCUGCAGCUCCCAGAGUGGUAAUUCGACGAAAAUUCGCCAGACCGGUUAGUAUCAGAAGAAUUACCACGACAACAACAACUUCUACGCCUGCGACUGUAACAGCAUCACAUAACCAAACCGGGACUGAUGCUGGAGAAGAUGCAGAUGAUCAUGAUAGUGUUACUAGCAACAAUGACGCUGAACAUUUCACUGGUCAAACAGCGCGAACAGUGAACUUCCUGAUCAGGCGACGAUUUAGUACGACUACACCAAUAAUUACAACAUCCGCGGCAUCACUCGAUGUUGAACUGGCUGAUGAUCCUGAAAUCGAUCAAGAGGCCGGUUCCAGUCAACAGGAUACGAAGUUCACAAACCAUCGAUUCAAUCAAAUCGGUGAAAAUUUAGAUAACGAAGACGAUCGAAAAUUGGUGGAAGCCAUAAAAGUUAUGUCCAGAGCUCCACCACCAAUUGGGAAAGAGGAAGCGAUUACACGAAGGAUCGGAGCAGCUAGGACAACUUUGGGCACGACGGCUAGCACAAGCUCAGUAACAAUGACAACGACAAGACGCACAAUUAUCCGACGACCUCAAAAAACCACACAAGUUACCACCCCGACGCCACUCACCACCCAGCCGGUGGUUCGUCGCCGUAAGCCCCAAAAACCGCAACCCUUCGAAAAAGUGAACAGUCGCCAAUUUGCAGGAAGGACUUAUCGUCCUAUCAUCGACUACGACUACUACGAUGACGACGAUGUCCGCUUCGUGAGCAAAUCCAAUUCGCAGGUGAAAGUCAUCCUACACGGACGCGGAAUAAUCGAAUGCCUGGACCAAGGCAACUUCCCUCAUCCGUUGUCCUGCAAGAAGUUCAUUUCCUGUGCCAAAAUGGAAACAGGAGGCGUAGUGGGCUGGGAGUAUACAUGUCCGAAAGGAUUAAGCUAUGAUCCGGUGGGUGGAAUUUGUAAUUGGGCAGCCGGAUUGGGAUGUAAAGAUUAAAGAGGAAAUUAGUUUGGAUUUGGGUGGAUCGAGGAAUAGAGCUCAAUGGCGGUGAUGAUGAGCAAAUCGAUGAAAUGUUUGAUUGAAAUUUAAAGUAGUGCGGAAAGUGAAUAUGACUGAAUUCAUAUAAGAUGUAGCUCUGAAUUUGAUAGAUUUAUUUUUAAGGAAGUAGAUUGUAAUUAUUUUUUUAUAGUUUUCAUUUCCUCUUUCAGUUUAAAUAUCUUCCUUUUGUUAUUUAUAAUAUGAAUAAUGACUGCAUCACAUACCAUGAUACAUGUAAAUUGUGUGGCAUUUUUUUAAUAAAAAUUUAUGUA